AGAUUCUGUUAUCAGGCUUAUGUGGUGAUGACCGAUAAAUCGCGGCCAGAUUCAAGUGGAUAGCAUGUUCAGUUAGGACAGUAUUCUCCACAUUUGAUUCUACUUUGCUGUCAUCUCACAUCAAACAGAUAAUUCUGUUACAAGCUAGUGUGUGUUGUGUGUGUAAAAGUUCUUUUGCAUAAGUUUAUGAUAUCAUUAACAGCAGCAAACAACUCUACAACUUGGGAAAGUUGAGGAUUCUGUCUGUGGUUAUGGCCUUAUCCAAACUCACUUUUAUAACACAUAUGAUGGUGGUCCAAACCUUCCUCAAUCUUCGCCUCGAAAAAUCUUCCAACACAUGUAGUAGGAUGUUCUAUCCACUCGCCUAAAGCAUGUUCGUCGCGCCUCACCAUCAGCUGAUGCAAGAAAAUCUGUCCACAUCCCUUGCACAUAUCAGAUUCCCUCCUAUCUUGCUGAGUUGACAUUCUCUCACAUGAUCGCGUUUUGCAGCACGUAGGCGCCUCCUAUCCACUUGAAAAAGAUGAUGAAAAAUCGGGCUGCUCGUAGUUCUCAGAAACAUAGCUGUGAAUCUGCUUUUAACUAAAGUCAGAAUUCUUGGUUAUCUGCAUAGUUUAUUAGGCCUCAAGAGAUUCCAAGAAUAUAAUGAAAAAACUUUCAAAAAAUAUGCAAUUUAACCACAGAUGUCAUUUCAAGACUAUUAGCAUCUACUCAAAUAUCUGCAAGAAUUUCUUCAUUUUUUCCAAGAAUUUCUAAACAAUCAAAACCCUCUAUAAAUACAAAGCCUAACAGCAAUCAGAAAACAACAAGCAGCAAAAUACAAACAAAACAAAACUUAGCAUUUUCACAUCAAGAAAAACAACAACACUUCUUAAGUCCAUUCAACUCAACUACUGCAUUGAUCCAUGGAUCGUGUGGCUAAGAUCUCUUCGCAGAGGGCUGUGGUGAUAUUCAGCAAGAGCACAUGCUGCAUGUGCCACGCCAUCAAGAGGCUCUUCUACGAGCAAGGCGUGAGCCCUCUGAUCCAUGAGCUGGAUGAGGACUCGAGGGGGAAGGAAAUGGAGUGGGCUCUGUUGAAGCUGGGCUGCAGCCCUGCUGCACCUGCAGUCUUCGUUGGGGGCAAGCUCGUGGGCUCUGCAAACACCGUGAUGACUCUGCAGCUCAACGGCUCCCUCAAGAAGAUGCUCAAGGAUGCAGGGGCCUUGUGGCUAUAGAAAAAUCACCCCAAAAACAUCAACAAGAAAAAAGGCUGUGGUUUUUCAAUAAGGCCUAAUCCAGCUCCACAAAUCUUGUCUAGUUCUUCUUCUUUUUUCCCUUUUGAUCUUUAGCUAGACGUCGCGGAUUUUGCAUCACAAAUGUAUGGAGGGUGUAGAUAGACUUUCUUUAAUCUAAACAGACCAGUUUGAAGCUCA